AUGUCGUCAAUUCGGAGCUCAGGACCAGGCCUGAUCCCUCGAUUGGCCCGCCCAUCACCCCGGAUUCAGAUCCAGAUCCACCCUCGUCCUCGCCCGGGACUCCCAUGCCAGCGCCGACCCGCCGUCCCCAUACUCCCCACGGGGAACGGGAGCAAGCGAGGCAUCGCCACCUUCACGCCUCCGUAUCAGGCACAGGCGAUCUCCACGAUCCAGUCCGCAAUAGACACGAGCAGCGAUGAGUUCAAGGAGAACAAGCUGGCCAUGGACGAGGCCAUGGCGCGCCUGACCGAGCUCACGCGCAAGGUCCAGCAGGGCGGGCCGGAAAAGGCAAGGGAGAAGCAUCUGGCGAGGAAGAAGAUGCUGCCCCGAGACAGGGUCACGGCGCUGGUGGACCCGGGCACCACGUUCAUGGAGCUGGGCGGACUGGCUGGCCAUGAGCUGUACCCGGAGGCCGAGGUACCCGCCGCAGGCAUCAUCACAUGCGUGGGUGCCGUGGAGGGUGUCACAUGCGUUAUUGUUGCCAAUGACAGCACUGUGAAGGGUGGUACAUACUAUCCUAUCACCGUGAAAAAGCAUCUGAGGGCGCAGGCUGUUGCCCAGGAAAACAAGUUACCAUGUAUUUACCUCGUGGACUCCGGUGGUGCAAACCUGCCUCACCAGUCCGAUGUCUUCCCAGACCGCGAUCAUUUCGGCCGCAUCUUCUACAACCAGGCACGCAUGUCUGCGGCCGGGAUCCCGCAAAUAUCCGUCGUCAUGGGACCAUGUACAGCAGGAGGCGCCUACGUCCCGGCCAUGUCCGACGAGAGCAUCAUUGUACAGGAGCAGGGACACAUCUUCCUCGCAGGCCCGCCCUUGGUCAAAGCCGCCACGGGAGAGUCGGUCAGCGCAGAAGAGUUGGGCGGAGGCAAGAUGCACUCGAGCGUCUCGGGUGUGACCGACUACCUGGCAGUGGACGAUGCACAUGCCAUCGUGCUGGCGAGGCGGUGCAUAAGGAAUCUGAACUGGCCUCAUAAGACAGACCUGCCACGACAAAGGGAAUCAUUUCUCGAGCCUCUCUACUCCCCGACAGAGCUUUUGGGCAUAGCAUCCACCAAUCUCCGGAAGCCCCUGCCAAUUCACGAGGUGAUAGCCAGGGUUGUCGACGGCUCCGCCUUUGCAGAGUUCAAGCGCGACUACGGGACCACGCUGGUGACAGGGUUCGCGCACAUCUACGGUCAACAGGUUGGCAUCGUUGCCAACAACGGUAUUCUGUUUUCCUCUUCUGCCCUGAAAGGGGCUCACUUUAUCGAGCUGUGUAGUCAGCGGGGCAUCCCGCUCGUCUUCCUUCAGAACAUCAGCGGAUUCAUGGUCGGCACCGACGCGGAGAGGGAAGGCAUCGCGAAGAAUGGCGCAAAGCUUGUUACCGCAGUGGCUUGCGCCGACGUACCCAAGUUUACAGUCGUGGUUGGCGGCAGCUAUGGUGCUGGCAACUACGGCAUGUGUGGGAGGGCAUAUUCACCGAGGUUCCUGUGGAUGUGGCCCAAUGCCAGGAUUGGUGUCAUGGGCGGUGAACAGCUGGCAGCAGUGAUGGAGACAGUGGGGAAGACCGUGGAUACGGGCCUGAAGGAGAGGAUCGAGAAGGAGAGUGACGCUGUCUACUCGAGCGCGAGGUUAUGGGACGAUGGUGUCAUUCCUCCACAACAGACGAGGCCAUAUCUAGGACUGGGCUUGCGGGCUGCCAUGUCCGGCCGAAACGAAGUUAGAGCUGGCGACACGAAGUUUGGCGUCUUCCGAAUGUAG